AUGAGCGCCUGGUUAUUUAUCACUGCUGUUGCAGCAAACUGUAUUAAUUUAUUCGCACAAGUCCACUUCACCAUUCUAUAUGCUGAUUUGGAAGCUGAUUAUAUUAAUCCAAUCGAACUAUGUUCCAAAAUUAACAGAUUGAUUACUCCUGAAGCUUUAUUACAUACUGUCCUUUCUGCUCUUUUCUUACUUCACGGUAACUGGUUUGUUUUCUUAUUAAAUUUACCAUUACUAGCAUACAACGUCCAAAAAAUCUACAACAAGACCCAAUUACUAGAUGCCACUGAAAUCUUUAGAACUUUAGGUAAACAUAAGAAGGAAAGUUUUUUAAAAUUAGCUUUCCAUCUCUUAAUGUUCUUCUACUACUUAUAUAGAAUGAUCAUGGCUUUAAUUGUCGAAACUGGUAACGACUAUUGA